AUGGCGGUAGAACGGAUGUCCGUUACACCGUGCGGCGCGGUCUACGCUGCGACCGGUUGCGAGACGUUCUUGCAACCGGCCGCAGCGUUUCCGGCUUUGUCGUACUGUCUUCUGUCUCAUAAUAAAUUGAGUUUAAAAACUCAAGUAACAAAUGAAGCAUUUUGGCGAAUCAAAUAUUUUGCUGUGCUGGAUUCUGUAAUUGAAAAUCUCAUUCGUCGUUUUUCUAAUCAAAGUUUAGAGCUUGCUCAUUCUGUCGACAAUUUUGUUCUGCUUGAUUUUAAAGAAAGCAAAUUAUUCAUUAACCAUUAUAAAGAUCUGUUUCAAAUUGAUACUGAAACAUUGAUGGCAGAAAUGACCGUUGCCAAAAAUGCUUUUCAAACCACUUACCAAAAUCAGGUAUUAGGUGAUCCAGAAAAAAUGGCAACUAUCAUAAAUGAGGCUACUUUUCCAAAUUUAUACAAGCUUCUUGGCGUCGCAUAUACUUUGCCAAUAAGUAGUGCAACUUGUGAAAGAUCAUUUUCUGCGAUGAGGCGAGUAAAAACAUGGCUACGCUCAACUAUGAUACAAGAACGCUUUACAAAUUUAUCCAUCAUUCAUAUUGAAAGAGACAUUUCAAACAAUAUUGAUACAGAAAAAAUUUUAAACAAUUUUGCAAAUUCUAAUGAUAGAAAAAUACCAUUAAUUUAUUAA